UUUUUCCCUGGCCAUCGCCGGCCCAUUUUUCAUAAAGAACUGCCCCCUCCUGACUGCUGCUGUGUGCGUUUAUGAUACGUAACUUAUACAACACAUGCUGGCCACGAACCCAGAACCGGAAUGGCCGGGGCGUUUAUUUCCUGGAUGCGAUGCCCCCCGUGGUUAGCCAAUCCCGCCCGUCUCCCUUUCCUCCCAACCAGCAGCAGCAUAUCUCAACCUCUAUCUCCCCCUUGCCCCAAGUCGGUUUUAUGGACUAGUAAUUAACAGUAUGGUGGCUCUUCCUUGGGACGCAUGGGUUGUGCUCGGAAUCUGGAGAACCAUUAACCGAAUUCCGUGUGGUCCUGGGACUGCAUCGCAUUUAGUUAGGGUUGGAUUUAAAAAAAAAAAAAAGAUCAGGCGUUGUCUUCUAGGAUAAACACCGACUAUCGUCUCCUGGUCUCCUUUCGGGUAGAUUCUCAAGCAGACUAACCAUAGAUUGUAUUAGUACACCCGUCAUAUGUGCAGUGGAUUUAUACAGCCUCUAAGUCAAUCCGGAGAAUAACUGCAAGUAUCAGUUAUCUGUGGCCCAGUCAACAAUCAACAAUUGCUGUUUGGUAUAGCCCCCAUCUCCAGCAACGCUGAAAGUGGCAGGAACCGGCAAUGCGGAGAAUGAGGACCUGCAGCUUCUGAGAAACACCAAUAGUUGCUGGCUUGCGACUUGCGGUUCUUGAGACCAGGGAGUGAGUUACAAGCCCCGCGAACCUCUGCCCAAGUGGCCGACCCGUGGCCUGCGCCGCAAGUCAGUUACUCCGCUUUGCUUUUUAUUUCAUUGAGCAGCAUCCUUCAGGCGAUGCAGAUGGCAUGUCAAACCGUACCUGGGCGAUGAGGGGAGGAACAGAUUCCUAAUCUCUUUGAUGGCCUCCACGUGCUCCCUCCUGUCCUUCCCUCAUUCCUGACUUCAUUGUCACCAACUGAUAUCGUCAACUUUCUCUCAUGUAUCAGCCAAUGCGGCACUAGGCGAUAGCUUCAAACCAAUGCUCGGUAUCUAGACAUUCAAGCCGACUUCUUGGCCACUAAAAACAUCCAGGAUAGUUGUGAUUGGGCCUAGGAUUCAGGCGUUCUUGUAUGUAUAUGUAGUUGGGAAGCAAGUAAUAGCUGUGCGGUACACACCUAGGUACCUCGUUGUCUUUUACCCAACACCUCCGGUGGGCAACCCCUACAUCACCCAUGCUGCCGGAGCCGAAUUAGACGUUUGCCACUUCUUUCAAUCCUGGAGAUGUCAUCGAGGAUCUUUUUGGGGGCUGAUUUCUCUGUCCGUGUGUGGCCCUAAUCCUGGAUGGCGGCCGGAGAGGGCUGGCGCUUAGGUGCAGACACUCCAAAACAACCACCAUGUCGCCGUUCAUCAUUCUCAGGUGGCACAGUUUAUGUCUAGUGGGACCUUCAUUGUCCAAAGGGCCGUGUAUGAGCCCAUCUUGGAUCGCCCCAUACUGCUCAAACUCUUGCGAAGUACUCCGUAUCAACUCUGCAAUUAACCUGUCGUUUUCGGGCUUUUGGGAGAUCUGAUGCGCAACACCCGAAAGCCCUGACCACCUUUCCUUUUGCAGGGGGAGAGGGGGGGGGGGAGGGGAGGUCUGAAUAAUGUUAUAAUAAUAUAUACCAUCUUUGACUAUAAAAAACUGUCCCUCUCCGUUCGUCCUGGACAAUUUUAUUUUGCUGCAUCUUGAAAUUGCUUUAUUCAAUACAAUUUCAUAUCUUUGCCGCAGUUUUUUACUUGCUCUUACAUUUUACUCGCUCCCUCCUUGCCUACUUUGAAAGAAAGUGAGGAUCAAGCUAUAGUUGCCGGCGCUCCCCACCCGCAUCGGUAAUCCAAUGGCGUCCGAAGGGCAUUCCCCAUGCGAAGAAUAUUCUACUGGUGAAGAGCAUCCUACUGGAAUUGCUCCCGCUUGGAGCGAGCUAUCCUACCAGAACCGAGUCCAAGAUAUCAACGGGUAUAUGGAAUCAGAAUGGGUUUCUCCUCACUCGAACUUUCAAGCCUCUGCGAAUCCAUUUGCCACUACAGCGCAUACAAAUGGGUCCAUGCCGACGCCAAUUAGUCUUUGCGGUACACCUUUUCUUGAGCCAAGAGAGAGCCCGUCACAAAGCCAUCAAGAUCUCCAAUAUCGUGAUAUUGUGGAUUCCCCAACACAUGGACUCGGAAUCAGUGGACCGACUACCUCAAACUAUGUGCAACCUGGUAUCUUCACUUAUGACCAUCCACAUCGCGACACACUGGAUAGUCAUUUUUCACCGGAAUCACAGGGGGGAGGCUUCGGAUUAAGACCCCUCAACGGCACCACGCAACCUAGCACUCUUGUUACGCAACCCAAUUCUGCAAAAUGCCAUGUGAACAUUGCUCCGAACCCUGCUGGACUUCUUAAAAUCCAGCGCGACAGAAAAAGAAGCCAAGGUGUGGAAGUCUCACAGCGCCGCCGAUCCCGGUCGGCACGAAGAAAUUCGGGGCAAAGGUCGAGGCCAUCACAAAUGGAUCGCGAAAACGAACUUGUUCGAUUAUUAAGAACAGAGCGGAAUUUAUCUUGGAGAGAAAUAGUGAAGAUAGUAAACGCUCAAUUUGGAACAAACUAUUCAGCGUCUUGUCUUCAGAUGCGAAUGACGCGUAUGAAGCAUCGAGCCAUGCAAUGGCCCGAGGAAGAUGUGAGUCCUAGCACUUCAACGAGCAUAUGAAUUCUGGGAAAUGGAAAAGUUUGAGAUCAUAUCACAGAAGGUUCGUUGCUCACUAUGAAAAUAGUUAUUCUUUAUUUUAUGUUCCAUUCCCCCAGUCUUUUCAUGUUUCCUCUCUCCCUUUCUUUUCCCUUACUUAUUUUUCUUUUUCAUUUCAUUUAUUGCAGAUGCAAGAAUUCGGAGCAGGAGUUUUCUCAGCGUCUCAAUGCGAAUUGAAGUGGCACCAGCUUAAAGGAGGUACUCAUCCCAUAGAAGAAAAUCCAGAGGCUUCCGAAAGCCCACCUCGACGCCGUCAAAGUAGAUCACGAUGAUAUUUUUCAGCGAGACAAUGCUGUAUAUUAAUCCUUCGCUGUCCAAUUUCCGAUUUACGCGCCUCAAGAUACCCCUAAGAUAUGUAACUUUACUUUCCUUAACAAACGAAUUUGGCUGUGGUGAUUUUUCUUUUUCUUUUCUUUUUUUUACCCCCCAGCUUCCUCGUUCACUGGUUUUACUUCCAACCAUUAUUGUUAUCAUAUUUAUCUUCUCAAGCAUCGGACUUGACAAAGGUAGCGGGCCCAACCACCCGCCCAGAACAACUGUUACUCAUCUAUGUUAGAGUUUAAUCCCUGUAGUGUGGCAUUCUGAUUAUUUUCCUCAUUUUCAUUCCGGCUUCUUUUGCAUUUUUGACUAAACUAUGGGGGUGUGUAUAAAUCCCCAACCUUUGGCCCAAAUUUUCGCUGGUCGCAAUUUUAUUCUUUGAAUUAUUUUUCUUUCUGUUUAUUUUAUUUUAUUUUAUUUUAUUUUAUUUUAGUUCUAUCCCCCUUUAUUUAUUUUCUGCGAAUAUUUCACUCCAGCAUAUCUUCGCGAACAAUUCUGCCGGUAGACAGCUUGUUAUUCUUCUUAAUAUUCAUCUUUGGCCUAACGCUAGCGAACAAGGAGUUGUGGUACCCCUACCCGUCUAUCGCUAGAAGAAACAAAUGCAUUUCUUUGUCUCUCCUUUUUGUUCCAUCUUAGUUGCAGCCUUAUUGUUGCCUCGAUGAUUCGCAUGUUGUAAAUUUUUAAUUUCUAAUCACUUGUCUUAUUUUUUUUCUCCUACUUUGCAAACAUCACCUUUUAUAGAUCCUGCAUUCGAGCGAAGUAUUAGAAACAGAAAAGCAAUAAACAACUAAUAUAAAAAUUUCCC